CAACUCACACAUAUGUUAAACUGUUAUCAUUUUAUAAUUAAGAGUAUAUAACAUGCCUGGGUACAAGGUGUCCAGGUUUCCCAAUUUAUCGGCCAAUGAAAAGUCUGACUACACGUGCAGUAUAUGUGAGAACAUACUCAACUGCCCGAUGACUACGCCGUGUUGUCUGCAAACAUUCUGUGAGGACUGUAUCACCAAUUGGCUACAAAACAACACUACCUGUCCUUAUGAUAGAAAAACGCUGACUGUUGAUAGACUAAGUCGAGCAUCGAGUGUACUAGUGAAUAAUUUAGAAAAUUUAAACAUUAAUUGCGAGUUUUGGGAUAAUGGCUGCCAGGAAGUGAUCAAGUUAGAGGAUCUCAUUCAACACACUACCAUCUGUGAGCACAAUGAGGCAAAACGUCCGAAAACGUGUGACGUAUGCUAUUGUUAUAAAACACGUGAUCACGACUGCGUAAAAGCACUACUCGUAGCCAAGUGUAGCGCGAAUAUCGAAAUAGAUUUCUUACGAAAAACGGUGACAAACAUGGAAAGUGAGAAAGAUCACAUGGUGAUUGACGAGAAUUGCAAAAAUAAAGACGAU